UGUAAGAAAAUAAUGGGAAAUGCAAAGGGUCAUGUUUUACUGUAACUGCUGGCUAUCUAUUAUCAGCGGUUUCACUCAUUCUUUUAUAGAUUUGGUUUAGGAAAAAAAAAAGGUUAUUAGCAGAUUUUAAGGAUGGCGGAGGAGAAGCCUGAAGUUCUUGAUGCUGUCUUGAAGGAAACAGUUGAUUUGGAGAAUAUUCCAAUUGAUGAAGUGUUUGAGAAUCUGAGAUGCACGAGAGAGGGUCUUACAUCUGAGGCUGCUGAGGAGAGAUUAGCCAUUUUCGGACACAACAAGCUUGAAGAGAAGAGGGAGAGCAAAUUCCUCAAGUUUUUAGGGUUUAUGUGGAACCCUCUCUCAUGGGUUAUGGAAGCUGCUGCUAUAAUGGCAAUUGCUCUUGCUAAUGGAGGCGGCAAGCCUCCAGAUUGGCAGGACUUUGUGGGUAUCAUCACUUUACUUGUGAUAAACUCGACCAUUAGUUUUAUCGAAGAGAAUAACGCAGGCAAUGCAGCCGCUGCCCUCAUGGCCCGUCUCGCUCCAAAAGCAAAAAUUCUUAGAGAUGGAAGGUGGAACGAAGAAGAUGCUGCCAUGUUAGUCCCCGGUGAUAUAAUCAGUAUCAAACUUGGAGAUAUUAUCCCUGCAGAUUCCCGUUUGCUCGACGGUGAUCCUCUGAAAAUUGAUCAGUCCGCUUUGACCGGUGAGUCACUUCCAGUGACAAAAGGACCAGGAGAUGGUGUAUACUCCGGUUCAACUUGCAAGCAAGGCGAAAUCGAAGCCAUCGUUAUUGCAACUGGGGUCCACACCUUCUUCGGUAAAGCUGCGCAUCUUGUUGAUUCCACUAAUCAAGUCGGACAUUUCCAAAAGGUGUUGACUUCAAUCGGGAACUUUUGCAUUUGCUCUAUCGCUGUGGGAAUGGUUAUAGAGAUAGUCGUCAUGUAUCCGAUUCAACAUAGAAAAUAUCGACCCGGAAUUGACAAUCUUCUUGUGCUUUUGAUCGGAGGAAUCCCAAUUGCUAUGCCGACUGUACUUUCUGUUACGAUGGCUAUUGGCUCUCAUCGUUUGGCUCAACAGGGAGCUAUUACAAAGAGAAUGACUGCUAUCGAGGAAAUGGCUGGCAUGGACGUGCUUUGCAGUGACAAAACGGGGACUUUGACUUUGAACAAGCUUACCGUUGACAAGAAUCUCAUCGAGGUUUUCACGAAAGGGAUCGAUGCAGAUACUGUUGUUCUAAUGGCUGCUCGAGCCUCUCGUACGGAAAAUCAAGAUGCAAUAGACGGGGCUAUAGUUGGAAUGUUGGCUGAUCCUAAGGAGGCGCGGGCAGGUGUUCGAGAAAUACACUUUCUUCCGUUUAACCCGACUGAUAAACGAACUGCGUUGACUUAUAUUGACGGUGAAGGAAAAAUGCAUAGGGUUAGUAAAGGUGCACCGGAGCAGAUUCUAAACCUCUCACACAACAAAUCGGAUAUAGAGCGAAGGGUUCAUGCUGUGAUUGACAAGUUUGCUGAACGUGGUUUACGAUCACUCGGGGUGGCGUAUCAGGAAGUUCCGGAAUGUACUAAAGAGAGUGCCGGAGGACCAUGGCAGUUUGUUGGUCUAAUGCCACUCUUCGAUCCACCGAGACACGACAGUGCAGAAACUAUAAGAAGGGCAUUGAAUCUUGGUGUCAAUGUCAAAAUGAUUACCGGUGAUCAGCUCGCAAUUGCAAAGGAAACGGGACGAAGGUUAGGAAUGGGAACUAAUAUGUACCCUUCGUCGGCUUUGCUUGGACAGAAUAAAGACGAAUCAAUUGCUUCUUUACCAGUUGACGAACUCAUCGAAAAAGCCGAUGGUUUUGCCGGUGUUUUCCCGGAGCACAAAUACGAAAUAGUGAAGCGUCUGCAAGCUAGGAAGCAUAUAUGUGGAAUGACGGGUGAUGGAGUGAAUGACGCUCCUGCCCUCAAGAAGGCUGAUAUUGGAAUUGCGGUUGACGAUGCUACUGAUGCUGCGCGUAGUGCUUCGGAUAUUGUACUUACGGAGCCUGGCCUUAGUGUUAUUAUUAGUGCUGUCCUAACCAGUCGAGCGAUUUUUCAGAGGAUGAAAAAUUACACGAUCUACGCUGUUUCUAUUACAAUCCGUAUUGUGCUCGGUUUUAUGUUGCUAGCCUUGAUAUGGGAAUUCGACUUUCCGCCUUUUAUGGUGCUUAUCAUCGCAAUUCUCAAUGAUGGUACAAUCAUGACAAUAUCAAAAGAUAGAGUGAAACCUUCUCCACUGCCUGACAGCUGGAAGCUCGGUGAGAUUUUCGCAACCGGAGUCGUCCUCGGUGCUUACCUGGCAAUGAUGACAGUCAUAUUCUUUUGGGCAGCUUAUAAAACCGAUUUCUUUCCGCGAGUUUUCGGUGUUUCGACCCUCGAAAAAACGGCCCACGAUGACUUCAGAAAGCUUGCUUCGGCAAUAUAUCUUCAAGUGAGCACUAUAAGUCAAGCUCUCAUAUUCGUAACGAGAUCGAGAAGCUGGUCGUAUGUGGAACGACCCGGUUUAUUGCUUGUGGCUGCAUUUUUCAUUGCACAAUUGGUUGCUACUUUAAUUGCGGUUUACGCAAAUUGGAGCUUUGCAGCGAUCGAAGGAAUCGGGUGGGGUUGGGCCGGUGUGAUUUGGCUCUACAAUAUAAUAUUCUAUAUUCCGCUCGAUAUUAUUAAAUUCUUGACUCGAUACGCUCUUAGUGGAAGGGCGUGGGAUCUUGUUCUCGAGCAAAGGAUUGCUUUCACAAGGCAAAAAGAUUUCGGAAAAGAGCAGCGCGAGCUCAAGUGGGCCCACGCGCAGAGGACCCUUCACGGAUUGCAAGUACCCGACACUAAAUUGUUUAAUGAAAACAACAAUUUCUCGGAGCUCAAUCAGUUGGCUGAGGAAGCAAAAAGAAGAGCCGAGAUUGCUCGGUUAAGGGAACUGCAUACGCUGAAAGGCCACGUCGAAUCGGUGGUUAGGCUGAAGGGUCUCGAUAUAGAUACAAUCCAGCAAGCGUACACUGUAUGAGCGCGCGCGCUCGCGCUUGCGCGUAUAUGUAAAACGACACAUUUCGUGGGUGCAAAUUAUUUAAAUGGAGCUCAUUAUCGAGGUAGAGUUAAUAGAGUUACCGCGUUUGCAUUAUAAUACGGUAAUUUGUUUUUUCACGGAGUUUGCAUCUGCGGAAGUGUAUGCUUUUCGAGUCAUUCAAAUCGCGCUUUUCUUUAUCUUUCGAUGUUUUUCUUUUUUCUUUUUUAUUUAUUUUAAUCUUGUAUGAAAAAAAAUAUUAAUCUAGAAGGAACUCAAAUGUUGUUCAUAAAGUAUUGUCUUUUGG